AGUCCCGCCGCGAAGAUGCUCAAAGUCACGGUGCCCUCGUGCUCAGCCUCGUCCUGCUCUUCGGUCACCGCCAGUGUGGCCCCCGGGGCCGGGAGCCUCGUCCCGGAUUACUGGAUCGACGGCUCCAACAGGGAUUCUUUGAGCGAUUUCUUCGAGGUGGAGUCGGAGCUGGGACGGGGUGCUACAUCCAUUGUGUACAGAUGCAAACAGAAGGGGACCCAGAAGCCUUAUGCUCUCAAAGUGUUAAAGAAAACAGUGGACAAAAAAAUCGUAAGAACUGAGAUAGGAGUUCUUCUUCGCCUCUCACAUCCAAACAUUAUAAAACUUAAAGAGAUAUUUGAAACCCCUACAGAAAUCAGUCUGGUCCUAGAACUCGUCACAGGAGGAGAGCUGUUUGACAGGAUUGUGGAAAAGGGAUAUUAUAGUGAACGAGAUGCUGCAGAUGCUGUCAAACAAAUCCUGGAGGCAGUUGCUUACCUACAUGAAAAUGGGAUUGUCCAUCGUGAUCUCAAACCAGAGAAUCUUCUCUAUGCAACUCCAGCCCCAGAUGCACCACUCAAAAUUGCUGAUUUUGGACUCUCUAAAAUCGUGGAACAUCAAGUGCUCAUGAAGACAGUAUGUGGAACCCCCGGGUAUUGUGCACCUGAAAUUCUUAGAGGCUGCGCCUAUGGACCUGAGGUGGAUAUGUGGUCUGUAGGAAUAAUCACCUACAUCUUACUUUGUGGAUUUGAACCAUUCUAUGAUGAAAGAGGGGAUCAGUUCAUGUUCAGGAGAAUUCUGAAUUGUGAAUAUUACUUUAUCUCCCCCUGGUGGGAUGAAGUAUCUCUGAAUGCCAAGGAUUUGGUCAGAAAAUUAAUUGUGUUGGAUCCUAAGAAAAGGCUAACUACCUUCCAGGCUCUCCAGCACCCGUGGGUCACAGGUAAAGCAGCCAAUUUUGUACACAUGGAUACAGCUCAAAAGAAGCUCCAAGAAUUCAAUGCCCGGCGCAAGCUCAAGGCAGCAGUGAAGGCCGUGGUGGCCUCUUCCCGGUUGGGAAGCGCCAGCAGCAGCCAUGGCAGCAUCCAGGAGAGCCAGAAGGCCAGCCGAGAGCCGUCUCCAACACAAGACAGCAAUGAAGAUGUCAAAGCUGUUCCGGAAGGAGAGAAAGUUCCAGGAGAUGGGGCCCCAGUGGCAGUUGAGGGGGCAGAGGCUGAGCUGAUGAAGGUGCAGGCUGUGGAGGAAGUUAAAGAUGCUGAUAUAAAUGCUGCUGAGGCCGCCAAGAUGGGGCCCGAGUCAUUAGAGGAUGGGAUAAAGGAGGCUGACCAGGAAAUAGAGGAGGGCCUAGUGGAGGAAAAGCUGAAGACUGUUGGGGAAGAAGCAGCCUCCAAAGAAGGGCAAGAAGACCCUGCCCUGGAAUUUGGAGCUCAGCAGAAUGAUGUGAUCCUGCCAGAGUAUUAAAUGGCCUCCUUCCAUCUGGGAGCCAAUACCUGGCACUUUAUGCAUUUUGUCCUUCAGCAAGGAAGGUGUGGAAGCAUGAUGUGCACUAUAGUGAUUCUGUUUUUGA